UGCUUGAGGAAAUGUUUCGGAAGUGUAAACGCUAAGGUAGGAGGAAAUGAGAGCAAAGGGAUGGAGCAAGUAUCCCUUUUUGACAGCCUAUUGGUGAAUAUACAGUUCCACACAAAAUACCAAGCACACACUGACUGGUGCACUGUCGUCGUUUGACAUCCAGUAACGUUAGCGGUAAUCGUGAAAGGGUGGUUGCUGAUACAUUAGGGACCAGGGCUAGCUGUGGGUCUGGUGGUGAGACUGAGCCAUACCUCCUGCCCCGCUGAAUAGUGUGUGUGUGAGGCGACUGGAGGGGGAGGCAGGUGCCAUGCUCCAGGGGUGAGGCGGGAGAGAGAGAGAGACACACACAGGGCUCAGGGGUGGUGGGUGAGGUUGCCAAGGAGAUGAAGUUGAAACAGCGCGUGGUGUUGCUGGUUGCCGUGCUACUCCUGUUGGGGCUGGCCAAAUUCUUUCUGCUGGAUGGAGGAGAGGGGUCCGCAGCCAGUCGACGAGACCUCAAGGCCUUCCGCAAGAUGGAGGCAGGCCUGUCUCUCUCACGCGGAGACCGGCUAACACACACCCUCCAGUCUCCAUGGGAGGUGGCAAACCAAUGGGUGGGCCCCAGGGAGGUGUACCCUGAGGAGACCCCCGAGCUGGCAGCCGUCCUCUCCGCGCUGGGCACUGCCCGAGUGGAGCGGGCAGAUGUGGGCUACAAGGGCACCCAGCUCAAAGCUCUACUAAUACUGGACGGGGGGCAGAAGGUGGUCUUCAAACCCAAGAGGUAUAGUAGAGGCUAUGUGGUAGAAGGAGAGCCUUAUGCAGGUUAUGACAGACACAACGCAGAGGUGGCAGCUUUUCACCUGGACAGGAUCCUGGGUUUCAGAAGAGCACCCCUAGUGGUCGGGAGGUUUGUCAACCUGAGGACUGAGAUCAAACCUGUCGCUACGGACCAGCUACUCAGUACCUUUCUAAUGCAGGGCAAUAAUAGUUGUUUCUAUGGGAAGUGUUACUACUGUAGAGAGAGUGAACCGGCAUGUGCGGAGGGAGAUAUGAUGGAGGGAUCGGUAACUCUCUGGCUGCCAGACGUCUGGCCUCUCCAGAAACACAGACACCCCUGGGGACGCACCUACAGGGAGGGCAAACUGGCCAGGUGGGAGUAUGAUGAGAGCUACUGUGAUGCGGUGAAGAAGAUGCCUCCGUACGACGCCGGUCCCAGACUACUGGACGUCAUAGACACAGCCAUCUUUGAUUACCUCAUCGGCAACGCCGACCGACAUCACUACGAGAGUUUCCAAGACGACGGAGGAGCCAGCAUGCUCAUCCUGCUGGAUAACGCCAAGAGUUUUGGGAAUGCAGCUCUGGAUGAAAGAAGCAUUCUGGCCCCUAUAUAUCAGUGUUGCAUGGUGCGUGUGUCUACGUGGAACAGGUUGAACCUGCUGAGAGCUGGGGCUCUGAGUUCAGCCCUAAGACAGGCCCUGACCUUUGACCCCAUUAACCCUGUCCUGGCCGAGCCCCACCUGGCAGCCCUGGACAGACGGCUGUCUGGUGUCAUAGCAACCAUCCAGCAGUGUGUGGAGUCGCUGGGCCCCGACAACACACUGAUCGAGGACCGCAUGAUCCUGCCACACCCCUAGAAAAGGACGGGAGGGAGGAAGGAGGAGGGAAUGGAUAACCUGUCUCGCCUCGAGGGAGAGAGGGUUGCCAUGCGAGGAGCUGGAUGAUCAACCCCUCCUCCUCCUCUCACGGCCCCCCAGAAAGGAACAGGAAAUGACCCCAGCAGCAGGAAGUGACUUGAUAAAGGACUGGGUGUUGAGUCCUCUACAAACUGUUCCCGUCCACGCUAGGACCAACUCCAUACCUAACUCUUUCCUGUCUCCUGUUACACACACACUCUGCCAGAACCUCUCUCUCUCCAUCCAGUGUAAAGGAGGGAACCAAGGCCAAAGGACUCAACCCAAAGACACUCAGGAUAGCGGGGGGUCCCCCCCCCUCCCCCCUCCUAUCUGGACACAAUCCACUGGACAGACAGUGGCGAGAGAGAGACUGGCCAACUGACCAUGGAGGGGCAGGAGGGGGAUUUUGGGGUCAGUCUGAUUGUGACAAACAGAUGUGUCUGUAUCCAAAAUGGCAUCCUAUUCCCUGUAUAGUGCAAAGGCUCCAAAAGUAGUGCACUGUAUAUAGAGGGAAUUGGCUGCCAUUUCACAUCUGCUCGAUGUGAGCAGUCUGACCAGUGACUACAGAUGCUAUUCCACAUAUUGCACGAGUUCCGGCCCCUGUUUCUCAGACCCAAUUCCUGGACUAAAAGCACUUUCAGUAGAGAUUCUUUAUACAUGCCAUAAAGAGAUCAAUGGAAUGCAGACCGUGGGGGAUAGAAGAGGGACACUGUCAUUGGUGCCCAUUCAAAAAAUCUGAUCUAACAAAGUGGAUAUUCGUCAAUUCUCUCAUGAUGUACACUGAAUGUAGAAAACAUUAGGAACAUCUUCUUAAAAUUGAGUUGCACCCCCUCCCCCCUCCUUUUUGCCAUCAGAACAGCCUCAAUUUGUCAGGGCAUGGACCCUACAAGGUUUCAAGUGUUCCACAGGGAUUCUGGUUAACGCCAAUGCUUCCUACAGUUGUCAAGUUGGCUGGACAUCCUUUGGGUGGUGGACCAUUCUUGAUAAACACGGGAAACUGUUGAACGUGAAAACUUUACAGCGUUGCAGUUUUUGACACUCAAACCGGUGCGCCUGGCCCCUACUACCAUACUACUACUACCGCCUGGCCCCUACUACUACUACUACCGCCUGGCCCCUACUACUACUACCGCCUGGCCCCUACUACUACUACUACCGCCUGGCCCCUACUACUACUACCGCCUGGCCCCUACUACUACUACUACUACUACUACCGCCUAGCCCCUACUACUACUACCGCCUGGCCCCUACUACUACUACCGCCUGGCCCCUACUACUACUACCGCCUGGCCCCUACUACUACUACUACCGCCUGGCCCCUACUACUACUACCGCCUGGCCCCUACUACUACUACCGCCUGGCCCCUACUACUACUACUACUACUACCGCCUGGCCCCUACUACUACUACUACUACUACCGCCUGGCCCCUACUACUACUACUACUACUACCGCCUGGCCCCUACUACUACUACUACCGCCUGGCCCCUACUACUACUACUACCGCCUGGCCCCUACUACUACUACUACCGCCUGGCCCCUACUACUACUACUACUACCGCCUGGCCCCUACUACUACUACUACCGCCUGGCCCCUACUACUACUACUGCCUGGCCCCUACUACUACUACUACUGCCUGGCCACUACUACUACUACUACUACUACUACUACCACCGCCGCCGCCGCGCCCCUACUACCAUACUACUACUACCGCCUGGCCCCUACUACCACUACCGCCUGGCCCCUACUACCAUACUACUACUACUACCGCCUGGCCCCUACUACCAUACUACUACUACCGCCAGGCCCCUACUACCAUACUACUACUACCGCCUGGCCCCUACUACCAUACUACUACUACUACCGCCUGGCCCCUACUACCAUACUACUACUACUACCGCCUGGCCCCUACUACCAUACUACUACCGCCUGGCCCCUACUACCAUACUACUACCGCCUGGACCCUACUACCAUACUACUACCGCCUGGCCCCUACUACCAUACUACUACCGCCUGGCCCCUACUACCGCCUGGCCCCUAGUACUAUACUACUAUCGCCUGGCCCCUAGUACCAUACUACUACUGCCUGGCCCCUAGUACCAUACUACUACUACUACCGCCUGGCCCCUAGUACCAUACUACUACUACUACCGCCCGGCCCCUAGUACCAUACUACUACUACUACCGCCCGGCCCCUAGUACCAUACUACUACUACUACCGCCUGGCCCCUACUACCAUACUACUACUACUACCGCCUGGCCCCUAGUACCAUACUACUACUACUACCGCCUGGCCCCUAGUACCAUACUACUACCGCCUGGCCCCUACUACCAUACUACUACCGCCUGGCCCCUACUACUACUACUACUACUACCGCCUGGCCCCUACUACCAUACUACUACUACUACCGCCUGGCCCCUACUACCAUACUACUACUACUACCGCCUGGCCCCUACUACCAUACUACUACUACUACCGCCUGGCCCCUACUACCAUACUACUACUACCACACCCCGUUCAAGGUUUAUGUGCAUAAAUCAUUUUUUGGGGCCUUUCAGCCUCAAUGGCAAACAGACACAAUCCAUGUCUCAAGGCUUCUUUAACCUGUCUCCUUAAUUUACAAUGAUUUUAAAGUGGAUUUAACAAAUUACAUCAAUAAGGGAUCAUAGCCUUCACCUGGGUUCAUCUGGCCAGUCUGUCUUUAAGUGUAAUGCAGUUGAUUGGUAACAAUGAUAUGAACAUGUAUUGGGGUUGACAUCCAUACCCGCAUUGUACCCCGAUUUUUACCCCAACAUAGUUUGAAAUACACAUGUAAACACAUACAUUUUGAUGGCCGGCAAUGAGAAGAUUCUGGAUUUAUACCCCACGGAGGGACUAAAGGAACAAGCCUUUGGGGCUCUGGUCAGGACUGGUGCACUAUGUGAGGAAUAGGGGGCCAUUGAGAUAUGACCAGUGUGUACAUACUGAACUAACUGUUGAAUAGCAUAAGAGUAUAAUUGAGAAUUAUAAUAUUAAUGAAACCUAAUUUAGUGUCAAGUUUGGAUGGUGUGUGUGUGUGUGUCUGUCUGUGUGCAUGAGUCCAAUGUUUCCCCCAAUUUUAUUUCAGAAGUGGAAAAGGUCGUGGGGGGUGGGGCAGACACAGGGGACAUGUGCCGUGCCGUCCCCCCGGGACAGUUUUUAUGGAAGGACUGUGAGAAUGUAAUUUCUUUUUAAAAGGAUGUUCUACUCUAAAAUGAAUGAAAAUCUAAUUAUCCCAACACCAUCUGUCUAUGAUCUCCCCCCAUAAAUGAGCCCAUUAACAUAUUGCAAAAAAACAAUGUUUAGGGCUGACUCUUACCAUAGCCUAUACAUGGCACCAUACCAUAUUAUCAGGCAAGUGUGCUAUUAGCAAUAAGCACUUUUUCUGGAUUAAAACAGGGCUACUUUCCUGCAAUUAUAUACAUUUUUCCAUGGAGCUGACAUAAAAUGUGGCAAUGUGAAAGCUAAUUUCCUGCAAUUCUAUACAUUUUGCAACUGACAAAGAAAGAAUUUGGGAAAUUGAGGGGGUUGCUGGGAAGUUUGGGACUAUGUAUGUUUUCAACAUUAAAAAUUAUUUAAAUA